CUUCGGGGUGACUUUGUGUGACUUUGGCCUCGCACAACAGUGCAAUAGCUUAGAAAGACUCGAUUCCUCUCUUCAAUCGCCAUUUGAUCUCCUUCCUCUCAGUGUCACAAAUCAUCUCUGCCACAACCCGCAUCAGCAUGGCUGCCGACAAACUCCAAACAUACCCUCUAAAGCCCCGCGUUUUCAUCUUGUCAGAUAUCUCGAACGAGCCUGAUGGUGCUGAGUCGUUAUGUCGCUACUUGCUGUAUGCCAACCAAUUUGAGACUGAGGGCCUGGUGGCAUGCACGAGUACGUGGAUGAAGAACGAAGUGUGUCCGCAGGACAUGGAGUCGAUCAUUGACGCAUAUGCGGGGGCUGUCGAGAACUUGAACAACCAUGUCCACCCUGACUGGCCAUACCCGACUGCUGAGUAUCUCAGGGGGUUGAUCAAGAAGGGUGCGGAGACAUACGGGAUGUCAGCAGUCGGACAGGACAUUCCACUGUCCGCUGGGGGUCAGCUACUCUAUGAUCGCAUAGUUGCUCCUUCCACACAGCCUCUAUGGAUCCUCUGCUGGGGCGGCACGAACACUCUCGCACAGGCUCUGAUCAAGAUCGAUGACGAGUACUCGCCCGAGGACUCUCAGCGCCUACUGUCACGUAUACGUGUAUAUGCAAUCUCUGAUCAAGAUGAUACCGGCGCAUGGAUCCGCAAUAACUUCCCUGACGUUUUCUAUAUUGCUUCAGUACAUGGGUGGAAUCAGUACGGUAUGGCUGCUUGGACUGGCAUCUCGGGGGAACAGUUCUACGGAUUCGAUCAAGGUGGACCCGACUUCUCGAAGAUGGAGAAGAGCUGGAUCAAAGAGAAUAUCCAGAUUGGUCCCCUCGGAAGCGCGUAUCCGGAUUACCUUUUCAUUCCUGAGGGAGAUACGCCGACAUUUCUCUACCUCAUCCAGAACGGUCUUGGUGUUCCCGAGUGCCCCGACUACGGGUCCUGGGGAGGUCGCUAUGCUCGGACAGACAUUAGUGGUGCCGGGCUAGGCAGCAACCACUACAGUGACGCAGUCGAUCGCGUGAAGGGCCUUGACGCCAGGACUCACACUUCAAACCAUGCGACUAUCUGGCGCUGGCGCGAUGCGUUUCAGAACGACUUUGCAGCGAGGAUUAAGUGGAGCAUGGAGUCUGAAUUUGGCAAAGUUAACCACCAUCCCGUAAUCCUCCUCAAUGGAACCAAAGAUCUCACGCCAGUGCGAAUCGACGCUGAGGCUGGCACUUCAGUUACUCUAGAUGCCAGCGGCACUUACGACCCCGAUGGCAGGAAACUCACAUACAAGUGGUGGCACUACCGCGAACCUACAGCGACGCAAUGGUGGGUGGAUGCCGAAGUUUCAGAGCUACAGAUCAAAAAGUUCGAUAGUGAGGGCAAGACUGUCAAAGUCACGCUGCCCCCGCCAGAGAAAUGUGCGGUCGAGCUCAAGAGCAGGAAGCCGGUGCUGCAAGGGCAGUUGCUGCAUCUGAUAUUGGAGGUCACCGACGAUGGAAAUCCAAGUCUGACGAGCUACAGGCGGGUGCUGAUCCAAGCUACGAACAAAGAUCUCAAAGGCGGGGGCAAUAACACGGAUGCCGUCGGGGAUUCAACGAAAGAUCUGUGGAGUAGGUACUGCGACAACGGAGCUACCACUGUGUAAUUCAGCGUAGUCGGUGGAUUUCUGGGUUGGAAGAGUGAAUUCAUGCGACAGCAAUGAUGUGGCAAGAGAUCGUACCCGACAUUCCCGUGACUGCGCCCGACGAAGGUCACGUGGCGCGCUAAGAAAAAGAACGGGCUGGUGCGACCUCGAGACGCGUCGACCAUGAACUCACUGAUCAUGUCUAAUUUCAAAAGGCUUGGCUGACGACUUUACGGCACUCAUACUGAAUGGAAAUGCCUCUAAAUUGUCGUUCCCUCUGCCAUUAAAG